AAACAAAUGGCAUCGACAAGAAAAUUUUAGGGUUUUUUGGAUCAGUAUAAAAGAACCCAGAAGCCCCAUUUUCAAUCCCAUUUUGAAGCUAUACUAUUAAUUACAGCUCUCUCUUUCUAUUUGGCUUUUCUUUUUGUAUUUUUGUUAAUUUUUGGUAACCAUGGGAAAGGGUCCUGGUCUCUACACUGAAAUCGGCAAGAAAGCUAGAGAUCUAUUAUACAAGGAUUAUCAGACUGAUCAGAAGUUUACUAUCACUACAUACUCUCCUACUGGUGUUGCCAUUACUUCUACAGGUGUAAAGAAAGGUGAGCUGUUUCUGGCUGAUGUCAAUACUCAGCUGAAGCAGAAGAAUGUCACAACUGAUAUCAAAGUCGACACAGACUCCAAUCUCUUUACAACCACUACAGUUGAUGAACUUGCUCCUGGCCUGAAGACUAUUUUGAGCUGCAAACUUCCAGAUCAGAGGUCUGGCAAGCUGGAGAUUCAAUAUCUGCAUGACUAUGCUGCUGUAAGUUCGAGUGUUGGAUUAGCACCUAAUCCUACUGUUAACUUCUCUGGUGUGAUUGGAACCAAUGUUGUCUCACUUGGUACGGAACUGUCAUUUGACACGAAAUCUGGGAACUUCACAAAAUGCAAUGCUGGAUUUAGCUACUCAAAUGCAGACCUGAUUGCUUCAUUGACUCUGAAUGACAAGGGUGAUUCUCUGAAGGCAUCCUAUUACCAAAUUGUGAACCCUGUUCAUGCUGUUGGUGCAGAGGUGAGCCAUAGCUUCUCCACCAAUGAAAACACCAUAACUCUCGGUUCCCAGCAUGCAUUGGAUCCACUGACCACAAUGAAGACACGAGUGAACAACUUUGGCAAGGCAAGUGCUCUGUUUCAGCAUGAGUGGCGACCUAAGUCAUUCAUCACUGUUUCUGCAGAGGUGGAUACCAAGGCUAUUGAAUCAAAUCCCAAGAUUGGAUUGGCUCUUGCUCUUAAGCCAUGAGCUUGUUGUCCCGUUGCAAUGAGGUAGUAGGUUGGGCAUUACAAACGCAGUAUAGCAGUCUCGACUGAUUUUUCUUUUAUUUUCUCCAAUGGUGUAAAAACUUUAGUCUGAGUUCUCAUGGUGAUACCUCUUUCUAUUUGGUGGUUUUGGAUGUAAAAAUAAAAACCUAGAGGUGUCAUAAACCCGUGCUAUUGCUGUUUGAGUUCUGGAUCUAGUCACUCCCAAGUUUAAACUGAGGUUGAAUCCCCGUAUUUUGAGAGGGUUUAGUUCA